GCGGGCGGCCGAGCAGAUCCCCAGAGCCCGCUCGGGAGUCGGCGGCGUCGGGGCGGGUGGUCCCCGCGCGCUCGCCAGGCCGCCCCCACCCAGAGCCGUGGCCCUGGACCGCAUCGGGCCUGCUACGACCUCUAAAGGCGUCCGCGAGCGUUCUCUCACGUCGGCUCGUUGGUCUAGGGGUCCGGGCCCAGGGGGCCGGGGCUGCGGAUGACAGGGAGCGGAACGGGCCGGGACCCACCACGACCCGGCCUCCGUGGGCUUGGGGGCAGUCCAGGGCGAGCGGGGGGUCUCCGGCUGUCUCUUCCCAAGCGGCAGGAAGGGUGCAAGCCCCGGCCGAUCGCGGCCACAGCUCCAGAUCUCCGAGCCGGAGAGCGCCUCCUUCAGCUCCCUCCUCGUUAGUAUAGUGGGCCUCCGUUGGAGGGACCAGGCCUGGGCUGCAGAAGAGGAAUUUGGGCGGGCUCAGCACCACGCGCCUGCUCGCCGGCUGGACACUGUGCCUCGCCUUCCGCGUCUGCUCAGCUCCCCAGCGGCUGUCCGGGUGCUCCAGCCACUCCACUCUGUUGGAGUGGUCACUGUGUCACCUGUGCAAAGACGGAAGCAGGGAGUCCGCCCUCACGGCUGAGCUGUGCGUGCUCCAACUGGGGAUUGCUGAUGACUUAGGAAGGCGACAGCAACCCAGGAGCUCCUGCAACCCUGCCUCGGAAGGCAUGUGAUGGGGGCAGCAUGCAGCCCAGCUCCCCAUCACUGCCCACCCUAAGCAGAACAUGCACCCCAUGCUCCCCAUCACUGACCAUCCUUCAUAGACCAACUUAGGGCCCAUCCAGAAAAUCUGGUGUUGGGCAAAAGCCUGGAUUUUUGGCAGAAACAACACACUCUCCUCCCCUCUUCCCUCUAACGAUGACCCAGAAGGAGAACGCCUACCCCUGGCCCUACGGCCGGCAGACGACUCAGCCUGGCCUGAACACCCUGCCCCAGAGAGUCCUCCGGAAGGACCCCGCCACCCCGUCUGCACUUGUCCUCAUGAGCCGCUCCAAUGGCCAGCCCACAGCUGCCCCUGGCCAGAAGGUGGUGGAGAACAGCAGUGGGAUACCCAACUUCUCAAUGCGGUCCUUCACCAUCGACGACUUUGAGAUUGGGCGUCCUCUGGGCAAAGGCAAGUUUGGAAAUGUGUACUUGGCUCGGGAGAAGAAAAGCCAUUUCAUCGUGGCUCUCAAGGUCCUCUUCAAGUCUCAGAUAGAAAAGGAGGGCGUGGAACACCAGCUGCGCAGGGAGAUUGAAAUCCAGGCCCAUCUGCAGCAUCCCAACAUCCUGCGUCUCUACAACUAUUUCUACGACCGGAGAAGGAUCUACUUGAUUCUGGAGUAUGCCCCCCGAGGGGAGCUCUACAAGGAGCUGCAGAAAAGCCACACUUUCGACGAGCAGCGAACAGCCACGAUCAUGGAGGAGCUGGCGGAUGCUCUGAUGUACUGCCACGGGAAAAAGGUGAUUCACAGAGACAUAAAGCCAGAGAAUCUGCUCUUGGGGCUCCAGGGAGAGCUGAAGAUCGCUGACUUUGGCUGGUCCGUGCACGCCCCCUCCCUAAGGAGGAAGACGAUGUGCGGCACCUUGGACUACCUGCCUCCAGAAAUGAUUGAAGGGCGCAUGCACAACGAGAAGGUGGACCUGUGGUGCAUCGGGGUGCUCUGCUAUGAGCUGCUGGUGGGCAACCCGCCAUUCGAGAGCGCUUCUCACAAUGAGACCUAUCGGCGCAUCGUCAAGGUGGACCUGAAAUUCCCCCCUUCUGUACCCACGGGAGCCCAGGACCUCAUCUCCAAGCUACUCAAGCACAACCCUUCAGAACGGCUGCCCCUGUCCCAGGUCUCAGCCCACCCUUGGGUCCGGGCCCACUCUCGGAGGAUGCUGCCUCCCUCUGCCGUCCAGGCCAUCCCCUGACUUGUCCCUAUCACUUAUUCGGUUGUGUCUGUCUGUUUGCCUGUAUAUGUGUAGUUGGAAGAAGGGGUGCCUGGCCUGUUUUUACCUGUCUUCUACCUCCUUUUUAUUUAAUAAAGGCUGAAACUUUUUA